AUGGUAGCGCAACCUCCCUCAAAGGGCCGACGCAUUCAGGAGACCGCGGCGGAACAACCCACAGCCUCAAUACACAACGCCCUCCUGCAACAAAUCGGCCUCGACGAUCAAGAGCUGGCCGAGGACUACGUGCGCCUUCCUGCUUACGGCGAUUAUUAUGGCGAGUUUCACGAUGAAAGGAACGGUGCUGGCACCAGCGCCCAGCUCACCGACGAUGGCCGUAUCGCCAUCCGCAUCAAUCACUUCAAUCGCCAACUGUCCCAGAUUAUUGCUCCCGCUCUACAUCAACACAUCCAGGAUGUAGAAGACAGUCACCCGCUCCCUCCCCCAUACGUUCCUCCUUCCCUGGGAGGCGAUCUGUCAGUUCGUUCACCUCCGCCCUUGAACAUAGUCAUCCAGGUCGUGGGCUCUCGCGGAGAUGUACAACCGUUCGUUGCCUUGGGAAAAGUCUUGAAAGACGCCUACGGCCAUCGUGUACGUCUGGCGACACACUCCACCUUCGAGGACUUUGUUCAGCAGCAUGGCCUGGAAUUCUUCAACAUUGGCGGCGACCCUACCCGGUUGAUGGCCUUCAUGGUCAAGAAUCCCGGCUUGAGGCCGGGCUUUCGGAGCGUAAUGAGCGGAGAUGUCGGCCAGCAAAGAAAACAUGUUGCCGAGUACAUUCAAGGCUGCUGGCGGUCCUGUUACAGAGCUGAUGAUGGAACUGAUGACCUUUUCGAGUCCUCGGGAAGCGAUUCUGGCUCUAGGCCUAUAGCAAAACAUUUUGUUGCUGAUUGUAUCAUCGCUAACCCCCCGAGCUUUGCCCAUAUCCAUUGCGCAGAGAAGCUCGGCAUCCCGCUCCAUAUUAUGUUCACUAUGCCAUAUUCUCCUACCCAGGCCUUUCCUCAUCCCCUGGCCAACAUUCAAGCCUCAAAUGCCGACCCUCAACUUACCAAUUACAUCAGCUAUGCCCUGAUCGAACUACUCUCAUGGCAGGCCCUCGGUGAUAUCAUCAAUCGAUUUCGUGUGAAGUGUCUCAGUUUGGAUCCCGUAAGUACCAUCUGGGGCCCCGGGAUGCUUCAGCGUCUUAGGAUCCCCCACACCUACUGUUGGUCUCCGGCCCUGGUGCCCAAACCGAAAGACUGGGGCUCUCACAUAUCCAUCUCCGGAUUCUACUUUCUUCAUAUGGCCUCUGAUUACACACCUGCCCGAUUUGGGAGCAUCGUUUUGGAUGACCCCGACACGCUGACGGAACUCAUUUUCGCCGCCGUGAGGAAGACUGGCCAACGUGUGCUCCUUUCAAAAGGCUGGGGAGGUAUGGGCGCAGAUGAGCUUCGUAUCCCCGAUGGUGUCUUCAUGCUAGAUAACGUGCCGCACGACUGGCUCUUCAAGCAUGUCUCGUGCGUCGUGCACCAUGGUGGCGCGGGAACCACGGCGGCAGGCAUCACCGCAGGCCGGCCGACUGUGGUCGUUCCCUUCUUCGGAGACCAGCCUUUCUGGGGCGCCAUGAUCGCGCGAGCAGGCGCAGGCCCCAGUCCGAUCCCACACAAACAACUCACGGCAGACAAACUAGCCGAGGCCAUCAACUUCUGUCUGACCCCCAGAUGCCUGGAGCGCGCCAGAGAGCUUGCAAGCAAGAUCGCGGCAGAGCGAGGUAGUGACAGGGGUGCCCAGUCGUUCCAUCAGUCCCUCAACCUUGACCGGCUCCGCUGCACUCUCGCACCAUCCCGACCCGCUGUGUGGCGCGUCAGGCGCACCAAGGUCAGGUUGAGUGCUUUUGCUGCCUGUACUUUGACGAACGCAGGGCUGUUAGAUUUCGAUGACUUGAAGCUCUUCAGACCGCAAGAACAUUACACCGACGAGGGUCCCUGGGAUCCGAUCUCCGGAGGGUUUACAGCAUUUGUGAGGGCUUUCGGCGGCAUGACGAUGGGGCUAGCUGAUGUUCCUUCGGAGACAUGGAGAGCUUUACAGAUGCCGGCUGGGCGGAGCCGACAGCAGUCCCAGGCAUCGGCAUCGACGACCGCGAGCAGAAGUGAGGUCUCGCAUGUGGGGGAAAGAUCGAAUUUGUCGAUUCCAUCUAGACCGAGUAGGCAAUGCUCCGUCGGAGAGGACUCUCCUACACUUGCUCGGAACGCUUCCACCCUCUCCGGUCGGUCAACUCUAACAUCCAACGUGCCCACACCAGGCCAGUCGGAUCCCAGAAUAGACGAUCCUGGUCGAGGUCCAUCCCGCAGUCGGAAAGAAUCUGACGCCGGCAAACAACCCGACAUGUUCCGUCCGACUGGCGUGCAUGUGAGCAAAGGCGCUGGGCGUUUCGUCAAGGCGGUUGUGCAAGGACCUGUGGAUAUUUCAGUGAAUUUCGCGAGAGGCUUUCACAACAUGCCUAGGCUUUGGGGAGAUGACACCGUACGCGCUCAGGAAAGAGUUAGCGAUUUCAAGUCAGGUGUCAAGGCAGUAGGAAGAGAGUUUGGCUAUGGCUGGUACGAUGGCGUUACUGGCCUGGUCACUCAGCCCUGGAAAGGCGCCCAAAAAGGGGGUGCCAGCGGCUUUGUCAAAGGAAUUGGCAAAGGAAUCGGGGGAUUCUUCGCCAAGCCGGGCGCAGCCCUUUUUGGUAUCCUGGGCCAUACGAUGCAGGGGGUCAGCAAAGAGGUGCAGAAGUUGUUCGGCAGUGAUGUGCAGAGCUAUAUCAUCUCGUCUAGGGCAGCUCAAGGGUACGAGGAGUGGCUGCAGGGCUCCGAAGCAGAAAAGCAAGACGUUAUCACUCGCACCAUGCUCGACAUGGGUGGUUCAGAGUCACCUCUGCAUGCUGCCAACACGGGACCCGGAAGAUUGUGGGAAGCAGCUGAAGCCACGUCGAGCGGAGACCGGCACGUUCACCAGACAGAUCGGGAUCUGGGUGAAGAGAAAACGCCACAAGAGAAGACAGAAGAAGAGGUUGCAAUAGAGCGCAUCAAGAAGCAGAGUCUGUUGGAAGUGCAACACCAAAACAAAGACGAUUCGGUCCUGCAGACGGCAAACCUCAGGCAGUUGCAGGUCGUUGUAAUCCCGGAUUGCAUUGCGAAGAUCGGCCUCGCUCGUAUCGGGUGCGUACGACUGCUCCCGGACCACGAAGGCCAGAGCUCGCUCGCCAGCUACUUCGUCAGGGAUACUAAUGACGGCCUCCUCGGCGACGGUGGCGUGUUGGACCAGGUGUUCCUCGUUUUGGCCGGGGGCGACUUGACUGCCCUACAAAGUAAUAGGUUGGCCAGAGUGCGCGAAUUCACACGUCGUCUUGGUAUGCCCACUCACCUUGACCUUGAUCAUGUCACGGAUGCGAUCUACAAUGAACAGAUGGUUCUCACUGCUAGGGGCCGUGCGGAAGAGGCCGACGUCACCUGUUGGCCACCAGAAGUCCGCAUUGUCUGUAGGCGGGAGAAGCGCAUCGCUGGCAGAGUCAAUGUACCCGCGCACAAGGCGGCCGCUACCUGA